UUCUUGUUCUACUUUAUUCAGCUGCGCAUGGAUUUUGUAAUUGACUGUCGUGCGGUAAUCCAUCAAUCUCGACACAGUUAAUGAAAACUGACCGGAACUACUUUUGUGUACAAUGUUGAAAGUCCAAGAUGGCGGAUGAUGAUACAUAUAUAUACUUGGGACUACAAACAGGUGUUUGUGUGAAACUUAAGCUAAAAUACCUCUCUGUGUCAAGCUCUCCUCGGCAAACUUCGGUGGAAAAGUAGCUGUGCAGGAGACACACCACCACGGAGCUCAGGUUAAGGGUUAGAGACAGAGCCGACAGAACCGUGGACACCGGCGGCAGGACGGCGCGGACGUCAUCGGGUAUAACCGAGGAGGUGGUCUCCUUUACGGCGGCGUGGUGAGGCUGCAACUGGAAGAUUAGAAUGACCGACAAAACGGACAUAAUGGCCGAUAGAAUUCCAAGUAGAGACAGAACAAUGAGAGACCGCUGGCUGUAGGAGUUCGCCAUGCUCUCCAAAAUCUUAGUCCGGGUUUAAAAGUAAAAAAUCUUCCCUAGAAGUCCUAAAGUGUCCAUUAAAAAGUGCGCCUGCAUGACAAGUGUGGCGUUUCCCAGGGUGCGUGAACGUCACUGUGGCGCCCCCUUCAACAUCCUAUUUUCGCCCAUGUGAUUUUAACAAUCCCCAGAUUACAAACUUCCUCACAACAACAAUGGACUUUUUCUUCCUUUGGACCCUCAGGGAGAGGCGUAGCUCCAACGGAACACAAUAAAAGAAAAAUGGUCAACCAUUGAUGCACAAAUGUGUGUUAAAGUGCACAGGAGCAUUGGCGCUGCAUACAUGGUGACAGGAGGAGGAGGAGGAGGAGGAGGAGGGCGGGUUGACUCAGCCAGCUGUUGGAGGGCAGCGCUCUCCUUCUUCAUCAGCUUGAUGACAUCAGCACACACACUUCUCCACUGGAUCAGACGUCUCUAUCUGUGCGUCAUUGAUGUGCAACUCUUCCCGCCAACUACAAGGUGCAUCUCAAAGGUGAGCAGACAGGCAAAGUAGGUGUCAGACUACAGUCAAAAUGGGAAGAAAGAAAAUACAGAUUUCCCGCAUUCUGGACCAGAGAAACCGACAGGUGACAUUCACCAAGCGUAAGUUUGGCCUGAUGAAGAAGGCCUACGAGCUUAGCGUGCUAUGUGACUGCGAGAUUGCCCUGAUCAUCUUCAACAGCACCAAUCGUCUGUUCCAGUACGCCAGCACCGACAUGGACAAGGUGCUGCUCAAGUACACGGAGUACAGCGAGCCGCACGAGAGCCGCACCAACACUGACAUACUGGAGACACUGAGGAGGAAAAGACUGGAUCUGGACGGCUCUGAGGUGGACUGCGAGGAGAGCAUGCAGGUGACCACCCAUAAUGGUGACGGCAUGGACUUGUCUGUGAGACGCCAGCACAUCUCUGUCAGUAUACACCUACCGGCUCCAUCCCUACGGUCACCACAAGCUCAGUUCCUGGUUUCUGAAACCAGCUUCCCCAUCUCUUCCGGACCGAGCAUGGCCCCCCACAUAUCCCCUGCAGGCUUUAAAUGUGUCAGCUCAGCUUCAGAAAAACCUCACACCUCCUUCAUGCAGCCCCACUCAGGUAUCGGGUACUCCGUCUUCUCCCACGUAAGCCGAGGACUGGACCUGAAGAGUCCUCUUCCCCAUCCCCCUCCCACUUUGACCCUGCCCGGCGGUGACGCUGCCAAUCAGGGUUCCCGUGCGGCCCAAACCCCCUCUAUGAGCAGGGGGGUCUUGUACCAUGGCCUGCAUGGUGGCAGCUCGGUAGUGGCCAUGGGCAAAGCUGGGCUGCUGGGCCACGCCUUGGCAGGCUAUGGCCUCGCCUCCCCUGAACUUUCUGAUUACAGCCAACCAAGUUUUUAUCACUCUAUUAAUCUGCAAAGAGGAGCAGCAAACUCCUGGCAAGCAUCUCAGCCUGCGCACGAGCUCCAGGGACCUCAUGUUAGUCAAGGGUUGUCCACUGGAGGCUGCUCUUUCCCCUCUCAGUCUUGCUCCUCCACCUUGACACACGACCCCAGCCUCAGCAUCCACAUCAAAUCAGAGCGUAGCUCUCCUGAACACAUGACCUCGCCCGCUCCCUCUCCCAUGAGUGGGCCCAUCCCGGUUUGCCGCACCCCUACAGAAGACCCCCAGGCCAAGGCCGCUUACUUGCAAAAGGAAGAGGGAGGCGGAGUGUCGCUGAGGCAGGAGAUGUGCGAGGCGUGGCAGCGAUAGCUCCAUACACGGGUGGACACUUCAUUAGGUGCAUCUGGUCAGUCUGACAAAUUCAGUCCAAAUGCAGCAUUUUUGACAAGAGUUUAGAUGGUGCAUGUGUACCUAAUGAAGCGUCCAGUCCCCAUCAUCCCACAGGCAAGUGUCUCAAGUGAGAGCUGGUCUCUUCCUGCGUGAUGGACACUCCUCACCACUAGUUUGUUCACAUGCACACCUUUUUCUUGUAUUUAUCUAGUUUUAGUUGGUUUUGUUUGGCACUUGACUAGUUAAAAGUAGAGAUGUCCGAUAAUGGCUUUUUUGCCGAUAUUCCGAUAUUGUCCAACUUUUAAUUACCGAUAUCAACCGAUACCGAUAUAUACAGUCGUGGAAUUAACACAUUAUUAUGCCUAAUUCUGUUGUAAUGCCCCGCUGGAUGAAUUAAACAAUGUAACAAGGUUUUCCAAAAUAAAUCAACUCAUGUUAUGGAAAAAAAUGCCAACAUGGCACUGCCAUAUUUGUUAUUGAAGUCACAAAGUGCAUUAUUUUUUUAACAUGCCUCAAAACAGCAGCUUGGAAUUUGGGACAUGUUCUCCCUGAGAGAGCACGAGGAAGUUGAGGUUGUGUUGUGUUACGGUGCGGAUGUUCUCCCGAAAUGUGUUUGUUAUUCUUGUUUGGUGUUGGUUCACAGUGUGGCGCAUAUUUGUAACAGUUUUAAAGUUGUUUAUACGGCCACCCUCAGUGUGACCUGUAUGGCUGUUGACCAAGUAUGUGUUCCAUUCACUUGUGUGUGUGAAAAGACAUAGAUAUUAUGUGACUGGGCUGGCACACAAAGGCAGAGCCUUUAAGGUUUAUUGGUGCUCUGUACUUCUCCCUACGUCCGUGUACACAGCGGCGUUUUAAACAGUCCUAAAUUUUACUUUAUGAAACAAAUACCGAUAUUUUCCGAUAUUACAUUUUAUAUCAUUCAUCGGUCGAUAAUAUCGGCAGUCCGAUAUUAUCGGACAUCUCUAGUUAAAAGUGUGUUUUUAUUACCAAUUAAAGGGAUUUCUGUUUGUGGUACAACCCAUGUGACAGGAAAAUAAAUGAAAAUAUUUUUGUUUAUUAAGUCAGACAAAAGUACAAGUAAAAGCCCAAUCUAUACAAUAAAAUACACACCAUGCAAACAUUGCAAUUCACAGCAUUGAAGAUAAUUGGAGCAUUUCCAUUCAGAAAACACAAGCUAGAUAUAAACAAGCAACUUUCAAUUUAAGUUCCCGGUCGGAUGAAAGAAAGUCCAAGUGUCCGCACUGAAUCAAAAACACACAUUUAAGGUGCUCUAGGUAAAAACGUUGCCAUAGAGUCGAGACUUAAUCUCCUUCAAUAUGUAAAAUACUGCCAAAAAUGGAGUAAAUCACUCUCUUUCAUUGACUGAAAAUCCCUGAGUUUGCAGGCACUUGGGAAUUCGAGCUGAAACAUUUAAAAGUGUUAAAACCACAACUUAAAAAAAAAAAAAACUUUAUAAAUAGCACUCUUGAAUCGGUUCUUUACUAACAGGGACCACCCUCUAAAAAGUCCCCAUGGCUUAAAGCU